AUGGGUUUUAUUACCGCUGAUAGGCUCUCUGGCCAGCUUGCUCACGAACAGGCGCUUCUCGAUCUGCUCGAAACUGAGUUGAAACGGAUCGUUGAAGAGGGUGAUUCUUGCAAAGCUAAAGGCCGUCCGGAGGCAUCCUCAGAUCUGGAGCGACAGCUGCAACUGCUUGAGGCUCGAGUGGAGGAACAGCAUGCUCUCGUGGAGGACAUAGAAUACAAAUACUUUGAGGCAAGUGAAGGGCAGAGUGGUCUGCCAUCUCCUUUCUUUAAGUUCAAAACAUUUGCUUAA